UUUUCCGCGGCGGGCUGUCAUCAGUCUCAAAACAGUUUGCUCGGUCGCAUAUUUAAUUUGGAAUCGUAGUUUUUAGUAGUUCAAGGGUUCAAAUUCUCGUAAAAGUGAUCAAAAUUAUCCAGAUUAGUAAACUAAGAUGUCCUUCAAUUUCGGAAACACAAGCGCAACCGGCCUAGGAUCUACCAGCACUCCGGCAAAACCGGGUGGCUUCGGUAGUUUCUCGUUCGGUGCCCAAUCUUCCACACCGGCGUUCGGCGCCGCACCAGCCACCACUAAUGCGGCCGCUCCAUCGUUGUUCGGUGGCGGAGCAGCCCAACCGGGUGCAGCCAAUACGACCACCACCACCGGAUUCGGUGGAUUCGGAACGCAGCCAGCCGGUGCACCAGCGGCAAGCACUUCGGCAUUCGGCUUCGGUACCAAUACGGCCGCAACGGCAACGCCGGCGUUCGGAUUCGGUGCGACUACUACGUCUACAGCGGCAACCGGUGCGACACCGUUCGGAGGAUUUGGAACGACGGCGACUACGUCGGCGGCAGCACCCGCGUUUGGAGGCUUCGGAACGACCACGGCGACAACAAGCGCUCCUGCUUUUGGCGGUUUCGGUGCAUUUGGAACCACCACCACCAGUUCAGCUCCGUCCCUAUUCGGACAAACCAGUUCCACCACUACAACUGGAUUCGGUGGCUUUGGGGCGUCAACAUUCGGAACCACCGGUGCAUUUGGCCAACAACAGCAACAACCUGCACUGGGUUUUGGUCAAUCGGCAUUCCAACCUCAGCAACAGCAACAGCAGCAACCGGCUGCUUUAACCCAAGAGGAAGCAUUUGCUCAGUCCAUUUUCAAUGUUUCUAUAUUUGGGGAUGAACGGGACACGGUCAUCGCAAAGUGGAACUAUCUGCAGGCCAUGCUGGGAACCGGAAAGGCGUUCUAUUCGCCAAAUAGCGCUCCGGUUGAGAUAACUCCGAGUAAUUAUCUGUGCCGGUUCAAGACCAUGGGGUACACCAAGCUGCCUGGGAAGGAGAAUAAGGUGGGAUUAGUUGGUUUGACCACGAACAAAACUGCCGGGCAGAUGAAGGAUCAACAGCAACAGUUCGUUACUAGUUUGAACCAGAUUUUCGGAAACAAACCGAACUUGGCCAUAUCCGUUGAAAGCGUCAAAAUGGUCGGCGACAACAAAUCCCAAGUAGUCAUCUACGUGGAGGAGAAAUCCACCACUUCCAAUGAAACGAAACGCAUCCUGGCCACGGAAGUGGCCAGCUACCUCAACCAGCCGGCUCCGAAGCAGCAACUUACGUCCCUCGGCGUCGAAACUGUUGUCGCCUUGGUUCUCCCUGAAGAAGACCAACUAAAGGAAUAUCUGGAGAACCCUCCGAAAGGGAUCGACCCUCGGAUGUGGCAACAGGCCAAGAUCGACAACCCCGAUCCCAAGCGCUUCAUACCUGUUCCGAUGAUCGGUUUCCAGGAACUGAAGUGGCGUAUCAAGUGCCAGGAAGGCGAAACCGACAUCCACGUGUCCUACCUGGACAAGGUGGAGAAGGAAAUCGAACAGCUGAAGCAACGGCACACCAACACAACCGCCAAAAUCAUGGAACACCGUCGAAAAUUCGCCGAACUAAGCCACCGGAUUCUGCGGAUCAUCGUCAAGCAGGAGAGCACCCGGAAGAUGGGCUUCGGUCUGCUGCCGGAGGAGGAAAUGAUCCGGAGCAAGUUGGAGAAUAUGCACGCGCUGGUUUCGACGCCGACGCAGUUCAAGGGCAAGCUCAGUGAGUUGCUGUCGCAGAUGCGAAUGCAGAGGAAUCAGUGGGCCCAUGCCGGCGGUGUUAACGAUUAUACCCUGGACAAAGAAUCAUCGGAAGAGAUGAAGAGCUUCUUGACGAUGCAACAAAAGGCGAUGCAAUUUCUGGUUGAAACGGUCAACAAAGACCUCAAGGACCUUAAGGUGAUUUCGGAUGGAAUGUCACGGCUGAUACAAGGCUAAGACGAGGAAGAUUAGGUUCUUGUUUUAAUUAUGAGGUAAGUAACACACACACACACACAAUCUAUGAAUACAAAGCUACCUAAUUCCAAAUUGAGAAUUGGAAGUUAGGAUCG